GAGACCGAUGAAGGAAUAACAUUUACAGGACGAGUCAACCAGUUGUGCUCUGACAGCUUGUUCUGCUUCUGUCCAAUGAAAUGGAUUUAACAUAAAUAGGUAAAGAGCUGAAGGAGAGAAUGGAGGGGACUGACUCCCAGGGAGACAGUGUUACAGCCGCUCACCUUCCCCAGGGUUCAGGCGUCACCUCUGUGCCAGCAGCAGGGUUGCCCCAGGUCAUCAGUGGCUCAAGUCAACACAUGACAUUAGGAGUGGAGUUUGACACAGACAGAGACGAUGUGGAAGUGGGCAGUACCCAGUCUGACAGUGCUGAUGGAAAGGUCAGGAGUUCUGAAUUGGAUCUAAACCAUCCUGAUGCACAGGGUGGAAGUGCAGAGGACGGACAGGAACGGGGGAGCGUCAGCCUUGGCAGUGGGAAGGCUUCAGUGCAUGAAAGCGGGGCUCACCCAGGAAACUGUGAUGGGGCUGAGGAAUCUUCUCCGCCUGUUCUGGAUGGGCCAGGAGAACCUCCUGCGGCUGUUCUGGAUGGGCCAGGAGAACCUCCUGCAGCUGUUCUGGAUGGGCCAGGAGAACCUCCUGCAGCUGUUCUGGAUGGGCCAGGAGAACCUCCUGCGGCUGUUGUAGAGUGCACAGUGGAACCGUCUUCACCAAUCCUAAAUGGAGGAGAGGAACCGUCAUCAGCCCUCCUGAACGGAUGUCCCCAAAACCAGGCGCCUAACACAGCUGAACACACAGAUCAACACUCGAACUUACACUCAGCGUCCAACACUAAUCCAUAUGACACAGACUGCAGCAGAAAACUGAUGUCAGCGAUGCAGCGUUCGCUAUCCCAGGAGUCUCUGCUGGAUGAGCUGGAAUCAGAGCUGCUGUCCUUUCAGCUCCCACAGACAGAAGACAACAGGACAAACCUGCAGAACGGCCUGGCCAAGGACCAGAGCUCCUUGAUCGUCUUUGAGAAGUGUGUUCAGUACAAAUACUCUCAGCAGGAGAAGGCAAUCAAAAGGUUAUUGGAGGAGAAUAAGAGGCACCAGGAGCUGAUCUUGGGAAUCUGUUCGGAGAAGGACAGCAUGAGGGAUGAGCUGAAGAGGAGGAUGGAGACGGAGAAGCAGCACCUGAGCACCAUAAAGAAGUACGAGGGCAGGGUGGAGGAACUUCUGAAGGAGCUGAAAGAGUCGAGAGACAAGCUGAUAAACCAGGAGCAAGCCACCAAGAAUGCCAUCCAGCAGAUCCAGAGAGAGGCCGCCUGCCGACUGGAGCAGGCUAACAGGAAGUGUGAGGAGGCGCGUCAGGAGAAGGAGACCAUGGUGAUGAAGUAUGUUCGUGGAGAGAAGGAGGCUCUUGACCUGCGCAGAGACAAAGAACAGCUGGAGAAGAGACUGAGAGAGGCCACAGCAGAAGUUGAUAAACAGGCCAGGCGUGGAAACCAGCUGGCGCAGGAAAAAGGACGGCUACAGCAGCUGCACGAUGCUAAGGAGGGUGAGGUGAGCCGUCUAUCACGAGAGCUGGAGAGGAUCAGGGAGGAGAUCAACUCUCAUGCCAUCAAAGUGAAGUGGGCCCAGAACAAGCUGAAGAGUGAAAUGGACGCCCACAAGGAGACAAAAGACAAAUUAAAAGAAACAACGGCCAAGCUCACCCAAGCAAAAGAGGAAACAGAACAAAUCCGCAAAAACUGUCAAGACAUGAUCCGCACUUACCAGGAAUCUGAGGAGAUCAGAUCAAAUGAACUAGAUGCCAAACUGCGGGAGACCAAAGGGGAGCUGGAGAAACACAAACAGGAGCAAACAGACCAGCUGGAGAUGUUCCAGGUGAAGGUGAAGGAGCUGGACGACCUGAAGAGAACCUAUAAGGAGGCAAUGGAUGAACUGAACACUCUGAGAACCAAGGUGAAGUGUUUGGAGGAUGAGCGUCCACGGUGGGAGGAUGAACUGUCCAAAUACAGAGAGAUCAUUAACAGGCAGAAAACUGAGAUCCAGAACCAGAAAGACAAGCUGGGAGACAUUCAGAAACUAGAGGACCAGCACCAGAGAGAUGAGCAGGAGAUGGCGUCCCUGCGGGAUGAAGUGGAGAGUCUAAACUCUCAGAUCUCAGACUUGCAGAGGGACAUCCAGGGGAGCCGCACCCGAGAGGCGGAGCUUCUGGGGUUCACAGAGAAGCUGACCAGUAAGAACGCACAGCUGCAGUCAGAAUGCAACAGCCUCCAGGCCCAACUGGACCGGGUCACCAGCACUGCCUCGGAGCUGCAGAGCCAGCUGGGCGAGACACAGCGCACCCUGUCUGACAUGACGGACAGGCUCAAAAAGGAAGAACGGCAGAGACAGGAUGAGGUCCAGGCUCUGCAGACAGAGAAGACUUCUUUGCAAACAGAAACUGCACAGCUGAAAACACGCGUGGAGGAACUAAGAGACGACCUGGUCACGCAGAAGAGGAAACAUGCAGCCAAUAUCAGAGACCUCACAAAACAACUCACACUAGCACGUAAGAAGUUGGAGCAGACAGAGAAUGGAGGAGGCGACCGUGAGGGGAGCAGUAUGGGCAGUCGCUCCAGUUCCUCAGGAUCUCUGAAUGCCCGCGGGGGUAGUACUGAAGAUCGUUCUCCUGAGAAUCUGUCUGGUCCAUCUGUGAUGGUAGUUGACAGUUUUCCAGAGGUAGACAAAGCUGUGCUGGUUGAGCGAAUCGUGCGGCUUCAGAAAGCCCACGCUCGCCAGAACGAGAAGAUCGAGUUCAUGGAAGAUCACAUCAAACAGCUGGUGGAGGAGAUUCGCAAAAAAACAAAGAUAAUCCAGAGCUAUGUGCUCCGUGAGGAGUCAGGGGCUCUGUCCUCGGAGGCGUCUGACUUUAACAAAGCCAACAUGAGCCGCAGGGGGGGCAUCAUGGCCUCCCUGUACAGCUCCCACCCUGCCGACACGGGCCUGACCCUUGACCUGUCUCUGGAGAUCAACAGAAAGCUCCAGGCUGUCCUGGAGGACACGCUGCUCAAAAACAUCACGCUCAAGGAGAAUCUGCAGACGCUGGGAGCAGAGAUAGAGAGACUGAUAAAACAGCAGCGUGUGGCAGAGGAUGGGCUGAGCAGGACCUGACAGGGGAGGACACGCCCCCCAGGAAAAAAUCACCUAUCCUACCGAGGCAGUCAGGGGAUGUGCCCACACACACACACACACACACACACAUACAAUCUCUCUGUCUCUCUCACACACACACACACACACACGAUCAAGGAGAAACUGAAGGAGAAACCUAAAAACUAGUGAGAGCCGCUGCUGCUGAGGGACUCUACUUCACCUUGACCCGUUUUCUGUUCCGCUUCUCUCCUCCACCCCCACCUCCUCCACAGACACACACAGCCUC